UUGCCCGUCAUCCUCUCUGGGUGCAUCGUAGUGUAGUUCAAAUCAUCAGGGAGUGAUCUCAGCUGAAGAUGCAGAACACAGUUUCCGUUACGUUCUGCAAGAGGAUCGGAGUACCCCGAGUAUCCCUUCGUUCGGACAGAUCAUACCAUGGCAUGGUGUGGCGUCCUGCGGCCGCCAGACCAUGCGAUGGUAAGGUCCGGUGUCCCGAAGGCGCCGGCGAAGACAUGGUAUGGUCCGCUGUCCCUAGCCGCCGUGCACAUGCCAUGGUCUUGACUGUCACCUUUGGGACGUCGGGCCAUACCAUUGCACGGUCCCGGUUCUCGAUGACCGUGGACCUUGCCAUUGCAUUCCCUUCUUGCCAAGCGGGCAGUGUGUUUCACAGCCCCGAACCGAAUGUUGGGGUUCGUAACAAGGCCAACCGCGACAAGUGCGAAUUUGUCCGGCAAGAGCUGGAAUACUUGGGCCAUUUUGUCACACCGGAGGGCAUCAGUCCGCUAUCGGACAAGAUUCGAGCCAUCCAAGAGUGGCCGGAGCCUCGGAACGUCACAGAUGUCCGCUCGUUCCUUGGUCUCGCCGGCUACUAUCAACGUUUCAUCAAAGGCUACUCGAAGAUCGCGUCCCACUUGACCAAGGUUCAAUGCGAGGAUCGGCCGUUUGACUUCGAAGAGGAGGCGCGGGAAUCAUUUUUGGCUCUCAAAGCCGCGCUAUUAUCUGCGGGGGUCUUGCGAAUAUACGACCCGCUUUUGCCUACGCGCGUCACUACGGAUGCGUCAGGCUGUGGCAUUGGUGCAGUCCUCGAGCAACAUGAUGGUGUGGACUGGCACCCGGUCGAGUAUUUCAGCAAGAAAGUGACUGUCGUGCAUUCCAUUGGCGAUGCACGCAAGGAGCUCCUUGCCUUCGUCCACGCGCUCAAGCGGUGGCGGCACUUCCUCCUUGGUCGAAGCCAAUUCCGAUGGGUAACGGACAACAAUCCGUUGGUCUUCUAUAAGACCCAAGACACCGUCAACAGCACCAUCGCUCGAUGGAUGGCUUUCAUCGACCAGUUCGACUUCUUUCCCGAUCACAUUCCCGGGAAGUCGAACCGUUUUGCAGAUGCUCUUUCACAGCGUCCGGAUCAUUGUACCGCUGUUUACUCAACCUUCGAGAUCGACGAUGACCUGCGGAACAACUUCAUCUGCGGCUACCAAGCCGACCCCGAGUUCCACGACAAGUACGCAAAUUGCUCCUCUCCUAAUCCGGCGCCUUCUCACUACCGGAUCCAAGAAGGGUACUUGCUUGUCCACACGCGGGGGAAGGACCUUCUUUGCGUACCGAGUGAUCCUCACGACUUCUUGGCAAGUUCCACGAUGCUCCCGCCACCGGACACUUCGGAGUCAAUCCCACGAUUGGCCGACUUCGCGAGCGAUUUUGGUGGCCCGGCCUUCUCGGCGAUGUCACACGCUAUUGCGCGUCAUGCGAGGUUUGUCGACGCUGGAAAUCCCGCAACCAUCGUCUCUACGGCGAGUUACGACCAUUACCGGUCCCGUUGAGGCGAAGGGAAGCGAUUGGCAUGGACAUUACCAGCCCGUUCCCAAGCACAAGACCGGA